AUGGCAUUACAACCAUAUAGUUUUGAGCCAACAAUCAACGAUAUUGACAGUAAUUUCAAUCAUAUGCAUUUCGCUAACGAAAUUUUAAAUACAAAUUUAUGUAUCGAAAACAGAUCUAUAAAACCAGUUAACGAAUGGUGUUUAUGUGAGAAGUGUUUAAAUUUAAGUACUGAUCGCGAGUGCGUUUGUUGUAUUGAAUUUGAAAAUUUACAAAAACUUUGUCUAGAUAAAAAAUGCAUUACAUUAAAUAAAUCAUUUUCUAAAAUUAUAUUGGAUGAAGAAAUUUUAAAUAUUACACGGCAGCAAAUGAUCGUUAAGACUAAAAAUCGAAAGAAACGUAACAACUUACGUAUACUGGAUAACAAAACAUGGAGAUUCAUCUGUUAUAAACAAUUUACUCACUGGGUAAAUUCGUGGUCCAAACUUGGUAAAGGUGUACGAGUGAUAAUACCAUCAUGUGUCGUGCACAAAAUCAGAGAAACUUAUCCAGAAAGCAAUGGAAAUUACGUAGGAUUCAAAGAUUCUACCCAGUAA